AUGGAUAUGUCAUUGAAAGAAUUGGAUCCAAAUUUUAUUGUAUACUUUGAAAACAAUGAAAGUAAUCGGAAUCAUCUUAUUAAUGAAUUUCAAACUAAAGAUAUUCCUAUCAUUGGAAGCACAGAUGUGAGUGGGAAGGAAACUUUUGCGUAUGUGAGGUUAGACCCUACUGAAGACAGAUUGCUAGAUUUAUUUGAUAUUACCACAAAUUUGAAUUGUAUUAAGAAGGUAGUUCCUAUAUACGAUCAAAAAACUCAAAAACUGAUUAGUCACUCAAUCAGAAGAAUAAUGAAAAAUAUAUUUGGUAUACCAAAUGAAAGGGAAUUGCUUAUGUUGACUGUAUUAAGUGGAGAUCCAGAUCUGGGGUUAUAUUUAACAUAUUUCGCCUAUUAUAUGAAAGCUCUGUUAUUGGCUGGUAUAAUGGGACUUUGUUUCAGAUUCUACUAUGGUAGCCAGGAUUCAGAAUUCAAUCUGUCAUACACCGUGAGUAUUGUAUUAUGGAGUAUAGGGUUUACAAUUAAUUGGGUAUAUCAUUUGAAACCUUAUUAUAUUAAUAAGGUAUAUAAGACCCAAAAGAUAUCGAUACGUGAUAUGACAAACAAAAAUAAGGUAAGGAAAGAGAAUUCUCAUAAUUCUAUAUUAUUGAAAAAAAUCGUUUUUGUACCUAUUGCAAUAAUAUUCAUAAUCGGUUUGUUUUUCUUCCAAUUAUCAUGUUUCUCAUUGGAAAUAUUUGUUACACAGUUAUAUGAUGGAAAUUAUAUAAGUUUGUUUUCUCUAUUACCACCAGUAUUAUUAUCAACGAUCACGCCGAUAUUGUUAACAAUUUACAAUUUAUUAUUUGUCGACCCAUGUGUUAUGUUAGAAAAUGGACCAGCGCCAAAUAGUUCAAAAUUGGAAAAAAAUAUGCCUUUAUUAUUCUUAAUGAAUUUUUCACCUUUGUUAAUAACACUAUUUUUAUAUUACCCUUAUAGUACUUUUUUUGCAAAAAAAUGGACUAAUGAAUUUAGACCUCAAUUGAUGAAUGAUUAUACGUUGCCAUUGAAGCAAAUUGAUUUUAUGGCAGAUAAAAAUCGGCACAAUGCUCAAAUUAUUUAUUUUACGAUUACUAACCAAGCACUUUUGUUAGCAAUGGAUAAUCUGUUACCAAUGUUUUUGAAUAAAGUUAAGCAAUUUUUAUCAGGUUCAAACAAACAAACUUCAAAAAAAAAUCUCAUAAAGUCACACAUUAAGAGAAUAAACCCAUCAGAGCUUGAAUAUUGGGAACAACAUGAAUUUUAUAAAAAUAAUGCAUGGGGAAAUUUUGAUGUUGAUGAAAAUAUGAAAAAAUUAAUCUUUCAAUUGGGGUUUGUGAUGUUUUUUUCUAAUAUAUGGCCAUUAACUCCAUUGAUAUAUUUUGUCUUUAAUUUAGUUAUUUUUAGGACUGAUUUUGUGCGCAGUUUACAGAAAUGCACUCCAUCCUCAAUCCCCAACAACACUGUAGCUCCACAUCCGAUGUACAUGCAACAUCACUCUUCUUUGGGCUCCUGGGAUAUUAUUCUUCAAAUUAUUACUUGGUUGGGGACAAUUAUAAACCCAUUAAUAUCUUUAUUGUAUUAUCACAAAACUCAUCAAGUGAUAUCAACGACGAAUUUGGGCACGAGAAUCAAACGAUGUAUUCGUUAUUUAAAGACAUUUGUGGAAUCUAAAUCAAAUAUUCCUAUUACAAUUGGUAUAGAACAAAUAUCACUGUUGUUGAUUUUUAUCUUAUAUCGAGUUCGUUCUAAUCGGAGAAGCAAAUCUAAAGUGGAUAAUAGAGAGAUUUCAGAAAUAAAUGUUACCAGAAAAAGAGAAAUGGGUAUACCGAUUAACAGCAGUACAGUAGUUUCUUCUAGGAAUAAUAAAUGGGUAAAUAAUGAGUCAACGGACAAUGAUUUAACUCUAGUUCCUCAAAUAUCUCCAAAUAGAAACAAAACAGAUCUCAAUCGUUUGGGAGAAACCGAUGAGUCUCAUAUUCAUAAGAGAAAUACUACUUUACCAACUAAUAAUCAGGUGCAUAUUGAAAGACAAAGGUCAACCACCAUUACGUCAAAUGAUGAGUCUCCUAUUAUUUCUGAUAUUUCCCAAUCAAUAGCCUCAAAUGAUACCCCAGUAAAACAUAGAAACUCCAUCAUAUCAAUGGAAAGAUUUCUUACAAAAUUGAAACCACAUCAAACUCCACAUGGAGAUGUGGAACAUCCUCUACCGGAGGUCUAUGUUUCUGGCAAAUAUCAUGAAAUGAAUGAAAAUCACUUCCCACAAACUUUGAGGAAUAUUGAUAAACAACGCGAGCAUCGCUCUACUAGUCUUAGUUCGUCGACACAUAUGCCUUCUGUUUCGCCAAAUUCAUUGGCGGCAACAGCUGCUCAGACAGCAUUAUCCGGGAAAAGGAAACAUAUAAAUCAAGAAACUAGAGUUCCAUCAUCAGCUAAACCAUUAGGAAAGCCUAAGAAAUACGAAAAUAUAUUAAGGAACAUAACAAAUACAGAAAAACAGUCCUCAAAAAUAUUAAGACAAAGAUCACAGAAAAACGAUCGACCUAAAAAGAAUCAUAUUUCCAAGCCAGAAACUGUAACCAAACAUGAAGUUAAAAUAUUAGAAAAUGAUAGUAAAAAAAAGAAAGAUCUGUUUAGUAGAUUUAGGAAAAAGGUUUAG